AUGUAGAAUUAAGCAGAAUUAAUCAAUGAAGCAGAUGAAAUAAUUUAGAUUGUUGAUGAAAACAAUAAGCCUGUAGGUGCAGCAACUAGAUAAGAAAUGAGAGACAAAAAGUUAAUUCACAGAGCAACUUUUAUAUUUUUAGAGAAUGCUGCCACAAAAAAAUUGUACGUCCACAAAAGAACAAUGCAUAAAAAGUGGUGCCCCGGAUUUUGGGAUCCUGCUUUUGGAGGUGUUGUCUAAUACGAGGAAUCCUAUGAAUUAAAUGCUUAAAGAGAACUAUUAGAAGAGGCGGGAGUAGAAGAAAAACUGGUCCCUCUUUUUGAAUUCUUUUAUGAUUGUAGACCUGAUGUUUCUGUGUGGGGUAAGGCAUUUUAUACAAAAACGAGAUAGAAUUUGAAAUUACAAGAACUUGAGGUGGAAUAAGCUGUUGAAAUGAGCUGUGAAGAAAUACAAUAAAAAAUAAAGGAAGGGAUGAAUAUAACAUAUGAUGGAAAAAUGUGCUUUGAAAUUUUUAUGUAGAAAUAUAACCAGUAUAAAGAGUUGAUAGACAAAGAAUUACCUUAUUGA